UGAAAAUUAAGACCCGUUCGUCAGCUCUUGCAAUACAGUCAACAGUAUUGACUCAGGUUCGGACUCGCAAGUCGUUGCUUACGAGUAUUGUACCCUCGCUACGAGUGGAUAGAGCCGCUCGGCGUUUCAUUUCGAUACCAGCCCGGUGCGGGUCAAGAUGUCGUACAAGAAGGCCCCUGACGCCAUGUACAUACUACCCGUAUGUGGGGAAAAGAUAAACCUGCUACUCUAUUUCGGUGAGAUGAGCUACUGAAGGAUCUUCUGGCCAUGACAUGUUAAAGUCUUCAUGGGAACACAAUCUGCCGAGUUCAAUCUUGACUCCUUCUUGCCCUGCCUGUAGGUGUUUUUAUUGACAAGAUGAUGCAAGCUUUGCUCGGAAGUGCUGUGCUCAUUGGAGUUGCACAAGCAUUGAACUACACAUGCACGCCUGCCGCGAUUCAAGCUGCACUACCUGAGGGUGCCAGUGUCAACUUUGCAUACCCUGUUGCAGCAAAUGCAACAUUCGAGGUUCCAAAAAGCGACACGGGCUACCCUAAUAGCCCACCCAAUCUACCAGAGUUGUGCGCCGCAUCAAUUCAGGUCCAGUCAAUUGGCAACAGUACUUUUGCAUUCGGUAUCUUUCUCCCCGAACAAUGGAACGGUCGUUUUCUGGCAGUUGGUAACGGUGGCUUUGCUGGGGGUAUCAACUAUGUUGAUAUGGCAUCUGGUGUACGCUACGGCUUUGCCACCGUUUCGACAGAUACCGGGCACAACUCUACCAGCAGUGAUGGUACGUGGGCGUACAAGCAACCGGAUCGUGUUGAGAACUGGGGUCAUCUUGCUAUGCAUGGCUCCGUUGUUCUUGGAAAGGAGAUCACCGCUGCGUACUACAAGCAAAACGCAUCGUACAGUUAUUACUCUGGAUGCUCCACCGGCGGUCGCCAAGGUCUAAAGGAGGCCGAGUACUAUCCAGAGGACUUCGACGGCAUUGUCGCCGGCGCCCCGGCGUGGUGGACAGCGCAUCUCCAACCCUGGACUGUCCGCAUCGCGCUAUACAACCUUCCCACCACGGCGGACUAUCAUAUACCGGUCGCACUGUUUCCGAUCCUGAACGCCGAGAUUAUCAAGCAGUGUGAUCCUCAAGAUGGUCUGGUCGAUAACAUUGUAUCGGAUCCAUUGGGCUGCAAUUUCCAGCCCAUGACAUUGUUAUGCGGCUCCAACGGUUCGAGUAUCGCCAACGCCACAUCAUGCUUCACUGGCCCUCAGCUCGACACGGUGUUCAACAUCUUCAGCGACUAUAUCGGCGAGAACAACACUGUAUUGUUUCCUGCCUUCUUCCUUGGCAGCGAAGGACAGCCUGCCUUCUUUUCAGGCAACGCACCCAACCUGCUCGGCACAGGGUACGUGCAAAAUUUCCUCGGCAAGGGGCCCGACUGGAAUUUCACGGACUACAAUGACGAUAUCAUCACCCUGUCCGAUGCUAUGAAUCCCGGUAAUGCGACUGUAGGCUUCGAUCUGUCUCGAUUCAACGCUAAAGGCGGCAAAAUUCUCUCAUAUCACGGGAUGGCUGACCCUCUCAUCCCAACCGGCUCAACUCCUUACUACUACGAGCAUCUCACUCGAAACAUGAAGCCAAAAGGUGUCGACGUGGAUGAUUUCUUCAAGUACUUCCUCGUACCUGGCAUGCGCCACUGUUCUGGUACACAAGCCGGCGUGGACGCUCCCUGGUACUUUGCUGGUGGCAAUCAGCAGCCUGUUCUUGCAGGCGAUAUCUACAGCGUUCCCGGCUUCGAAGACGAGGAGCAUGAUGUGCUCAAGGCGAUGAUGGCUUGGGUCGAAGAGGGCAGGGUACCUGAGUACAUGAUUGCCACAAAGUAUGUCAACGACACUACGCACGACGAGGUACUGCGACAGAGGCCAAUCUGCAUUUACCCUAAGCAGGCCAAGUACACUGGCAAGGGAGAUGUUAAUGACGCUGCGAACUGGGAAUGUAAGGGUCUGUACUAGAUGGGUUGGCUAUUUACUGUGCAUCAACUCAAUGCACUCUACACAGUAGGCAUAAUAUUAGGAUACACCCCACCAUCUGUGCCCCACAAUAAUUAUG